UUUGAACGUUGACUCAAUACUCCUAUACUUUUUAUAUUAGUAUUUCAUAAUUUGAAAAAAUACUAUGCCUUCAAAAGCAUUUUUUAAAACAGACCGCCAAGAUGUGUGGAAACAUUUUGGCAAAGAUGAGGAGAGUGUUAAUGCAGAAGUAAAUAUUAUAAAGAAAUGGCUGAAAACGCAAAAACAUUUUCCUGAAACACCAACUGAUGUUAUGAUUCAGUAUAUUUUGACAAUAUGUCACUUCAGCAUAGAAAGAACGAAGCAGUGUUUGGAAAUGUAUUAUGCUAUUAGAACAGUUAUGCCGCAAUAUUUCAAACAAACUAAUCCGACAUCUUACCACAUGACGGAAACCAAUAACCUAUUUAUAAUGUGCCCGUUGCCAACUCUAACAAAAAACCUGGAGAGAGUGUUUUUCGUAAAAUUUAAUAAACGUAAUUCUGCAAGAUUUAAAUUAAAUAAAGUGAUAGCGUCAGCAUUUAUUAUUCCACCUGAAGUUAGAAUGUUCGAAGAUCUUUCAGUGAAUGACAAAAUUGUUAUGGAUUUUAAAAAUAUAAAACUUUUGUACAUCCCCAAAUUUAAACCAGAUCAUUUUCGGAAAGUAGGAUUCUUAGUUGAAGAGCUGUGGAAUAAUCAACUUAAAGAAAUUCACUGUGUCAAUGUGCCCAAAUAUGCUGAGAAACUAAUUUACUUCUGCAGAACAUUUUUAAAUAAGGAGUUACGUGAGAAAAUUUUUGUUCACAAAUCCUUAGAAGAUCUUUACAAAGUUGUUCCAAGGGAAAUAUUACCAAAAGAUUAUGGAGGCGAAGAAGAAGAUUUGAAAGACAUUAACAGUAAAUGGUUAAAUAAACUCAAGGAAUACAGACAACGAUAUGAAAAACUUGAACAUAUGAAAAUCAAUAAUUCACUUAAAACACCAUAUGGCCUUAAUUGUGAUAUAUUCGGAUAUUAUGGUAACUACAUGAAAACUGAGACCCACUAAAAUUUUUUCCUGCUUCUUUGGUUAAAACUAAUUUAUUAUUUUAGCAGUUAGUAUAGUAUAGUACCUGUG